AUGGCCACUUUGGCCUCCUCUCCCCCAACGUCGCCUUCGUGGCCGAAAAGGCGCUCUCGGGCCUGGGCGCUUCGCUGUGAGCGCUACUGCUGCGCCGCUGCCAGCUGCUUCCCCCUCGCUUUCGUCUAUGGCCUCACCACCUGGGCGGUGUAUGUCGAAGCCAGCAUUGGAUUCAAGCCAUCUCGGAGUGCAUGGAUCGGUUUCCCCAGUUCGGCCCUGGGUCUUCUCUUCUAUGGCCUUCUAAAUGCGUCGUAUAGCGUCGCCGUGUUCACUGACCCCGGGUCACCGUUGACCACCCGUCGGGGCAACAACCACCACGAGUACAGCGCGCUGCCCGUCACCGAACACCCCGAGUUUACAUCCUACACGGUCAGCUCUACAGGGGGCUCGCGGUAUUGCAAAAAGUGCCAGUGUCCCAAACCCGACCGUGCGCACCACUGCUCGACCUGCAAGCGAUGCGUCCUGAAGAUGGACCACCACUGCCCCUGGCUGGCAACCUGCGUCGGGCUGUACAACUACAAGGCGUUUUUGCUAUUUUUGAUCUACACCUCACUGUUUUGCUGGGUCUGCUUCGCCGCCUCCUCGGUCUGGGUCUGGACCGAGGUGUUCAAUGAUACGGGGUACAUGGAGACGGUUUUGCCAGUGAAUGUGGUGCUGCUGUCGGUCCUGUCGGGUAUUAUUGGGCUGGUGCUGACCGGGUUCACGGCCUGGCAUAUCAGCUUAGCGGCGCGCGGCACCACCACUAUUGAAUGUCUUGAGAAGACCCGCUAUGUGUCGCCGCUGCGCAAGGCCCUGGACCGGCAGCAUUUCGAGUCGGGCCCGCCCAACCACGACUAUGCAUCAGAUCCCAACGAAAGCUUCAGUCAUCGGCUACAGGGCUACGGAAAUCAGAUUAUCGACGCCCAUGCCAACGCCAUCCCGGGCGUAACCCGUGCCGAGGAGGGCGAAGAACGACUCUCGCCUGCACCCUAUACGCCAGCGCCCUACCCACCUGGGUCUCUUCCCCCCGCAUCUAAUCCUCCGGGAGUCGAAAACCAUCUCACACCCGCACAACAAGCCCUGUCACGGUCCUACGCCGAUAUGGAGCGGCAACGCGAACGAGAGCGAUACCAGGAGUACCUCAACGAACAGGACAGCGAGAAAAUGCCAAGCGCAUUCGAUCUGGGGUGGCGACGCAACCUACUCCAUUUGUUUGGUGACCGCGCUCUCCUUUGGGCCCUCCCCGUCCGUACGACCACCGGCGACGGCUGGCGCUGGGAACCCAGCCAGCGUUUCCUGGAGGCGCGCGACCGCGCGCGGGCCCGCCGCGAGCAAGACACCAGCGCCGAGCAAGAGUACUACCGCGAUUUGUACCAGCGCAACGCCGACACCAACCGGAGCUGGGCGGGCAGCGCGGGCGCCGGUCCGCCUGCCUGGGUGCCAGCUCGUAGUCGCACGCCUGAGCGGCCCCCGACUAGUGUGUCGAUGCAGACUCUUGCGCCUGCGUCGCCCCGCCCGCGACCAGGUGACAGCGACUAUGAAGAUUAUGGCGAUGGGAACGGGCUGCUAGAUCCAGAGGCUGCACGCCCGAGACGGGAGACGGAUGAGUGGCGCGACUGGGACUAA